GGAAGGAGCGGGUAUGCAGGGUGUGCCAAGCCCUCCGAGGAUGCCUGGGCUGCUGAGCUUCCUGCCUCUGCCCUCCCCACUCCCAGGCCUCCAGGGAAUCCAACCAGACACCCAGCCUCUUCGUCCCUGGGAAGGGCAGGGAAGAGCUCUGUCAGAAGCCUCUCCACCUCCCUGCCAACUCCCAGGGCUAUUUAAGAGACGCUUGCACCCAGCUGACCGGGAGAGUGUGUGCUGGUUCACAGGCCCAAUUAGAAAGGUGGGAGGUGAGCAGAGCCUGGGAGCUACCGGCCAUCCUGUCCUGGGAGCUCCUGAGGGUAUGCCAGAGCGCUCCACGAAUGGGGAGAAUGGGGAAACGCUUCCGUCUGGCUCGCGUGCAGCAGCAGAGCUACGCGCAGGGCAGAACCAACAGUCCCUCUCCUUAGAUUGGAAGCUCCAUGGGAUAGGGCCACAGGGCCAUCACCACUGCGGGCUGGCCUUUUGGGGGACUUUGUGGGGCGCUAGGCGGGAGUCCAUCCCUCCUCAGGUGUCAGGUCUUUGAACUCAGGCGCCCGACACCACCGGGCCGCAGAGACACGCGUAGCGGGUGGGGUGGAUUCUGCCGUCUGGGCAGCCGGAGUGCGCGACUUAUUCCAUGCUGACCUGCGUGGGGGCGGGUACAGGGGAGCCGGGGGCAGAGCACACUGUUUGCUCCUCACCAGCCCUGCGCAGCCCGCACUCAAGAACGGUCGUCCUCCACUUGCUGCAGGCUGCAUCCCGAUCCCGCUUGCGUUGGGCGGACCUCACAGGUUCCCUGUGUGACCUUCGCGGGUGUAUAGGGCGGGGCAAGGAGGAUCCAGGGUGGGGAUUUGAGAUCAGGUCCCUUUCGGGUUUUCUUUCUGAAGCGCCCCUCUGCCUACGCCCGCGCCUCCGCCAGGCUCGCUGGGUCAGCACCUCACCGGCUUUGCGCACACGCUGUGCCACGCGGCCUUCACCCCUGUGACUCCCCCGCAGCUCGCGCUGAUGCACCGACAAGUCAGCUUGUCCUCUGGAAGCCAAUGAGUCUCCCCGGCGCCCCGCGGCCGAAGAGUUAGGUGUACCAUGCAAUCCCCGCCCAACUGGCCCCGGGCGACUGACGCCCUGCGGCCCUCACCCUUCCCGCACCCGGCUUUGCACGCACUCCACGGCUUGGCCCACGAGCUGCUCUCCCCGGCCUACUGGGCCCUGGACCAGCUUCUGGGCUGCUGUGCACCAACGGCGAGCCCGAUCAGCCUGGGAUGGCUGAGAAGGGGGGCGAGCGGCCUCGUGGCGCUGCUGCUGCUGGUGGUGGUCGGCCUGCCCUUGGCGCUGACCCGCCUGCCACUCUGGCUGGCGCUGCAGGUUUGGCGCCGCCCCUUCUGCUACCGCCCCCCUCCGCUGUGCUGGGCGCCGCCCGCGCUCUGGCGCCCGCCUGCCGAACCCGGGCGCUGCUUCAUCUUCCUCAUGGCCAAUCUGUGCCUGCUCCUGGACAGGCUGUCGCGCUUCAGCAACCUGCCACACAGCCAGCGACCGGCUGAGGCCAUUGGCGCCGCGCUCUAUAGGGCUACGGACUGCAGCCAACUGUGGCCCAGGGCGCCGCGUGGGACGCUGGUGGCCUCGCUGCCCGUGGGUCUGGACGUUGUGUGUCUGCAGGAGGUAUUCGAUUUGCGCGCAGCUGGUCACUUGGUGAAUCGCCUGACGCCCAACCUGGGCCCGGUGCUGUACGACGUCGGCACACUUGGCCUACAGACCGGGCCGCACCUCAAGCUACUGGACAGCGGGCUGCUGCUGGCCUCGCGCUACCCGCUGCUGUGCGCCACCUUCCGUUGCUUCCCCCACGCGCGUGGCGAGGACACGCUGGCCUCCAAGGGACUACUGUCCACACAGGCGCAGCUGGGCAGCCUGGACGGGCGCCACAUCGUGGGAUUCCUGCACUGCACGCACUUGCAAGCACUGGCUGGUGAGCCCUGCGGGUGGGUCCUCAGAACAGGUCCCGCCUCUCCGUGGUGGCUACUGAUCCCUACAUUCACCUGCACCCCGCCCCCACCUCCCGCCCUAUGUUCACUGCCCCAGGCAUGGGAAUUCCUGAGAGGUGCCUGUCGGGCUCACAGAUCAGGAACUGGGGAGCCGGGAGCUGACUGUCCAAGAUGCGGGUCCGAAUCUGGAGCCGAGCCCACCCCACCCCCCUUCCCCGCACAGAGGACGGGCCCUUGGGCAGCAAACAGCUGACGCUGCUGCUGGACUGAGCCGAGAAGUUUGAGGCCGAGAGCGAACAAAGUGGAGGGGUCGUGGCUUUACGCGUGCUCCUGGGCGACCUAAACUUCGAUAACUUCUCGAAAGGUCCAGCAGGAGGGGAGGGCAGGGAGGCAGGGGCGGAGCCAGGAGGCCCGGCCCCGCCCACCGCGCUCCAGCCUCUCUCUGCGCUGCAGCAGCAGCACAAGCUCUUCUGCCGCUUCCAGGACCCCUGCCGGAUGGGCACGCGCCAAGAGCAGCCCUGGGCCCUGGGUAUCGUGCUUGGGGGGAGGGUACCAGAGCGGGGAGUGGACCUGGGGAGCGCUGUCGGCCGAGGCUCUGGCUGAUGCCUCCCUCCCCCAGAUCCCCCAGGGACCGCACUGCGCAGCUCCGUGCUCCACCACUCCGUGGCCUCCUCCCCCGAGAUGCUGAGGCGGUGAGUGGCGACCUGGAGGUAGGCACUGCCCGCCUGAAGCGCGCAAAGGGGCCCUGGCCUUGGUGACACCGCCCCCUUCCAGGACCCUGGAGCAGGAGAAAGGGCGCCACCUCUACCUGGCCGGCCCUCCCGGCAGAAGCCGCCGAGCUAAGCCCUGGAGGGGUCAGCACCUGGACUACAUCACGUACUGCGGAGUUCCUGGGGGCCUGCUGAGCCCAGUGAGUGCCAGGGCCCGGGUGGCUGGGCCUGCGGCGCUGGGACGACCCUCAACCUGAUUCCCGCCCCCAGGAGGUGGAGCAGGUGACGUUCAGUACCGCCCUGGGGGGGGUCACGGACCACCUGGUAGUGAACCUGCAGCUCCGAGUCUGGGUGUCCUCCUAAGGCAGGCACAGAUGACAGGCGUGCAGCCGGCGCGCACAGACACGACUCGGAGCACGAACUAGGCGCCGUAGCUGCGUCCCCAGAACCGGGUGACUUAAGGCAUCUUUAUUGCAGGACCUUCACACGGCCUCCUGGGCACGGCGGUACUCAUAGACGCUGCCGUGCUCGGGAAAGGCCGGUGCUUGAGGGGGUGACCCCGGCGGUGGGGCGGGGUCCUCUGGGUCCCCAUAGCCACCGCCGCCGGGCGUGUGGAGACAGAACACAUCCUGUUGGGGGGGGUACGGGCUCAGCGCAGUUGUGGCCCCUCCCUGUCACCUGCACAGUCCCCUCCCCACAGGGCAGCAUCCAUCACCCACCCCCAGGGACCACAGAGGCCUGGUACGCGCCCCCUUUCCUUCGGGGGCCAGAUUAAACUCGGCCUCUGGUCAUGUCUGCAA